UCAGACAUAGAGCUCGUUUUCAGUGCUGAUACUAGAAACAAAAGCGCGUAGAGCUCGUUUAUUUUUCACAGCUUCAGAUCUUGCUUGCUCUUCUUCUUCUCCUCGACUGAUCUCUAGGGUUUUCGAUUUGAUUUGAUUCGAUUGGAUUGAAUUAUCGGAGCUCCACAACAAUGGCGAAGCCGAGGUACUCGCGCUUACCGGCUCGAAAGUCUUCGUCCUCGACGCUGGUCCUCACCAUGCUCAUCAUGUUCACCUUCGUCAUCCUCAUCCUCCUCGCGCUCGGAAUCCUCUCGAUUCCCAGCAGUUCCGGUGGCAAUUCGCCCAAGGCCAACGAUCUCAGCUCCAUUGUGCAUAAUACAAUGCAUAGAAGUGAUGCAGAUGAGGGGAGAGCGGAGCAAUGGGUGGAGCUGAUCUCGUGGGAGCCUAGAGCUUUUGUUUACCACAAUUUCUUGACCAAGGAGGAAUGUGACUAUCUAAUUAGUCUUGCGAAGCCUCACAUGCACAAGUCAACAGUUGUUGAUAGUGAAACUGGAAAAAGUAAAGAUAGCAGGGUCCGUACAAGCUCUGGAACAUUUCUGGCAAGAGGACGUGAUAAAAUUAUUAGAAACAUUGAGAAGAAGAUUGCUGAUUUCACCUUUCUACCUGUGGAGAACGGGGAAGGACUGCAAGUGCUCCACUAUGAAGUUGGACAAAAAUAUGAGCCUCACUUUGACUACUUCCUUGAUGAGUUCAACACUAAAAAUGGGGGUCAGCGCAUGGCUACAGUUCUUAUGUAUCUCUCAGAUGUCGAAGAAGGGGGCGAGACAGUCUUUCCUGCCGCCAAGGGGAAUAUCAGCUCUGUGCCUUGGUGGAAUGAGCUAUCUGAUUGUGGAAAGAAAGGACUUUCUGUGAAACCAAAGACUGGUGAUGCUCUGCUUUUCUGGAGCAUGAAGCCUGAUGCCACUCUAGAUCCAUCAAGUUUGCAUGGUGGUUGCGCCGUGAUUAAGGGGAACAAGUGGUCAGCUACUAAAUGGAUACGUGUAAAUGACUACAAAGUUUGAGCUACUGCGUGAAAGGUUUGAAUGAGUUCUCAUCUCAUUGUUAUACUCUAUAUAAGUCUCAUUCAGAGCUCCACCGCAACAGGGCUUAAAGUCUCAAUAUGUAACCGUCUACACGGAGCUCGAUUCCUUCAUUUCAUAAAUUCAUAUGUAACCUUCUACCACCACUCCUUUGCUCACAUUUUUGUUUGAGAGCCCUUUCUGUUUAUGACCACCAACCUAAUAAAAAAAAAUGAAAGUUUGUAUUUGUAUUUAAA